UUUAUUAUGCUUCUUUUGAUAAAAAGAUUUAAUUUAUUAUCAAAAUUUCUUUAAUAUUUUUGUUUUUAUUCAAAUAAAUAAAAUAUGACAGACAUAGAAGAAAGCUUAGAUAAGUAUUAUGAGGAUAGCGAUGAAGAUGAUAAAAAAAGCUAAAAAUCUGAUGAAAGUGAUGCUAGUGUGAAGGCUUUGAAAAGAAAACUCGAAGCCCUCAAGAAUAACGAAAUGGAUCCAGAUGAAGCUGAAAAAAGAUAUCAAGAAGAUUUAAAGUAGGCAAGAUUGCUGAAAUAGCAAAAAGAAUAAUAAAAGGAAGAGUAAAAAAAAUAAAAAAGCAUCAAAAAACAAGAAGAGCAAGCUUAUGAAAAUGAUUUUGGUAGUGAUGAAGAAUAGCCAAAAAAAAUAAACAGUAAAUAGAAAGUGGAAGAAGUGGAGGAGGAUUAUGAGGAUAAAUUUGAGUUAGAAUCUAAUUCUUUUAGUAUUCGCUCUAAGUAAUCAAUAAGAAGCUUAAAAGUAGAAGAUGAAGAUAACAAUUAUUAUACUUUAAAAUAAUCGAAGUAAGAAAGUACUUAAAAGCCUGCAUCAAAUCAAAAAAUACCUUCUCAAACUAAAACUCCUUCUGUUUAAUUUAAAGAUAAUUUAAAAAAGCCAAGCAAUGCGGCUGCAGCAGCGGCCCCUCCUCCAAAGACGAUUUAAAAAUCAGUAGCGCCAAGACCUUAAUCAGCUAAAUAAGCUCCAUUAAAUACAGUCAAAUAGGAUUCUAAAAAAUAACUUCCUUCUGUCAAUGGAGUAGAUUCCAAACAGAGUAAACCAAUAAUAAAAGAAUCUAAAACACCUGCACCAACUAAAAAAUAAUAAGUAGAUUAGCCUAAAAAAGCCUCUGCUACUCCUAGUCAAACAAAGUUAACUCAACAUUAGUUGGAUUUGUAAAAGAAAAAAAUAGAAAAUGAAGAAAGUGAAAAAAAAUUAGAAAAAAAACCUAAAUUACCUAAUAUUUAAUCAAAAACUCUUAAAGUUAAUAACUUUAUGAAAGAUAAAAAUGAAGACCAAAAGAAAUCUUCUGAUAAUAAAAAACAAGAAGAUAAACCAGUAGAAAGAAAACCAAAGGAUGAACUAGAUGAAGAUAUUUUUGGAGAAACUGAAAAAGAAGAAGGUGAUUAAGCACUUGCAUAAAAUUAAGAUGAAGAAGAAGAAAGUGAGGAAACUAAAAAACUUAAAGAAAAAUAACUUAGAUAACAAAUACUUAAGGACUAGAAAGAAAAAAGAAAGAAUUAACUAGAUAAUUAAUUGGAUAAUGUUAAGUAAAUACUAAAAAAUCAUGAAUAAAAAUAGAAAGAGUUGUAAGAAAAAGAAGAUUAGCUUUACAUUAGAGAAGCUGUAGAAAAAAUAAAGUAAAAAAAGUCUAAAUAAAAUCUGACAUAUGAAAACGAAGAGUCUAAUUGGGUCGAUAUCACAAGGAAAGAUUACUAGAAAAAUGAAAAUGAAGACAGAGUUUAGUAAUAGGAAAAAUUUAGAUAGUAAAUGCUUAAAAACCUUAAGACUGAAGAAGAAAACUUAAAGAAAAAGAAAACAAUGGAACAAAUUUAAUCAAGGGUAUCAACAAGAAAUGAGAUUAAAGAAAAGAAUUGGGAUGGGAAUUUAGCUUCAAAGAAAGGAACUUUAAAUGAAAUUUCAAAAAUUGAAUCAGAAAAAAAUGAGAUUGCAAGAGAGAACGAGUUUGUCUCUUAAAUGAAAAAAAUUGAAAGGAAAAAGUAUUUAGAGCAACUUGAAAUUGAGAAAAUGCAAAAGAAGAAAGCCCAGGAGUUUGUUAAAGAAGGUUAAGACAAUCUUAAGAAAGGUAACAAAGCUCUUGAAAAUAUUGAAAAGAUUCUCAAAGAAAAAGAUGAAAAGAAGUAGAAAGAAAAAGAAAAGAAUUAUCAGUACGAGGAACAGCAAAAGGAGAAAUAACUAAACGAUCAAGUAGAAAUUAAAAAGCUAAAGGUUAUACUGAAGUAAUUAAUAGAAGAAAACAAGUAGAUUUAAGCUGCUUUAGCUAAGCAAAAAGAAAAGUAGCAAAAGAAUCAAGAAUAAAUCAAUUCCAUCAAAAAUAAGAGUGGUGUUGUUGUCUUAGGAGAUAACAAAUUUACUUCAUUUGGAUUGGUACCUGCACUAAAUAAAAAAUAGGAACUAACUGAUAUCUCUACUAAUGAUGAGGAAUCAGUUAGUAUGCUUGAUAAAAUCAAUGACUAAGAAAAGAGGUAUCUUACUUAACUAACUGUUAUUGAAUUAAUUGUUUAAAAAAUUACAGAUCAAGGCUUAACUUUGUCUGAUAUUUUUUCAUUGCUUGAUGUGAAUAAAGAUGGUAUAUUAACCAUAGAAGAAAUUGAAUAAAAUAUGAGCAAACUUGAUUUAGAUUUAACUGAAGAAGAAAUUUAAGAAAUUCUCAAGAUUAUAGACUCAAACAAAGAUGGUGUCAUUAAUGAAUUCGAAUUUGUUAAAAAUUUAGAAGCAUAAUAUUAAAGCUAAAAGGAGUAUAAUAGAGUUAUGGGAGAGCUAAAAGAUAUUUAGAAUCCUAUUGUAUUAUAAGAAAGAAUUUUAGACUUAGAAGUCAGAUAGAGAGUAGUUAUUAAAUGUAUAAAGAAAGAAGAGGAAAAAGAAAUAGGAAAAGGACCUGAAUAUCAAAAAUAUUUAGAGAAAUUAAAGAAGUAGGAAGAAGUUUUUGAAAAAAGAUAGAAAUUUAGAAAGUAAGGUAAGGACAUGACUGAAUUAACUGCUAAGGCUGGGUAAUUAAAAUUACAACAGAAGAAGCUAGAAGAUGAAAAAGAAAUGCUAGUAAUAAUGCAAAGAGAAAGAAUGGAAGCUAUUUAGGAAAAUAUUGGUAAGCUCACUGAGGAACUAAUGCAAAUGAGUGAGAUCGUUAUUAAAGCAAAGAAUAUAGUUGAUAAAGAGAGAAAUGAUUACUAAAAAUUAGUUAUUAAGCAAGUUGCAAUAGAUAGGCUGUAAGAAUAAGUUGAUGAUUAACGUAGAUAAAAAGAAAUUGAAUAAUAAAAAUAAGCUUAAAAGUUCUAGAAUAAUAUAAGAUAGAAAGCUAAAAAUAUAUAAUAUUAGCAACAAUAAAAGUUAUCUGUAUAAAAUGUAGUUGGAGCAACUAUUUUGCUACAAAAAAUAUAUAGAGGAUGGAAAUCAAGAGUGCAAGCAAAAAAAUAAAAAGAAAAGUUGAUGAGAGCUUGCACCUUCAUAUAAGUUUAUUUUAAAUGGUACCAUAAAAAGAAGAAAACAAGAAACUUUGUAUCAAAGUUAAAUGAUCUAGUACGUAGACGUAAAAUACUAGCACUAAAACUUCUUUAGACAGUAUUUUGCCAUAUGCAAAAUAAAUUAGCUCCUAAAGUUGCACUAAUUGCCUUAAAGCAGUUGCUAACUAGAGAAGAAUACAGUUUCAUAGAUUAAAGAUAAGCAAAAAUUUAACAGUAUAUUAAUAGAUAGAAAUAAGCUAAGCCUGUAGAGGAUGAUGUAUUUGGCCAAGAAGAAUAAGAAAAAGGAGUAAACAGCAGUUCUAUGCAGUAGCAUUAAUAACCUGCUUACGAAUAAAAAAUAAAAUAAGGUGCAAAAGAUGUUAAAGAAUUAUUUAGAGCACAAGAACUGCCAGCCAUCAUUACAAUAUAACGUGGAAUUAGAAAACUUUAAAAUGUUAUUGGUCUAAAUUCCAAAAACAAAAUUACCUUUACUAUGGGUGAUAUCUCUCCAGUUUGUAGAAUUUGCUAAGUUAACUAAGUAUAAAUUUUAUGUAGAAGCUGUGAAUAAUGUGUCUUUUGUAAGUCUUGCUAUGAAAAAUACCACAAAUCUUACCAUAGAAAGAACCAUCGUUUUUAUGAUAUAAAUACUGCAAACUAUACUGAUUUUGAUACUGGAUAUGAUAAAGAAAAAGUAUAUAAUGUGCUCAAAGACUAUUUAGAUGAAUUAUAAAAACUAUUCUCUAUCGAUUUUAAUACUGGAUAUAUUCCACUUGAAUAAGUUAUUACAUUCUACUAAUAAAAAAUACAUAUUUUUUCUUAAAAUAAAAAUUUAUUUUAAUAAGCAUGCAAGUAUGCUGAACGUUAUGUUGAAAAAGAUAACGUUGUUUUGAAAUCUUUUCAAGAGCAAAGUUUUGAACAAAAGUAUGAUCCUUCUAAAAAGUAUAUUGAUCACAAUAUGUUCAUUAGAAGUUUUCUUUAAUUUAAUAAAGCAUCACAUGAUUGA